AUGUCUAUGCUCCCGGAUGCUUUGCUUUUUCGAAUCUGGAAGAGGGAGACCACAGCCCAGGGUGGCUUAUUGUCAGGAGUAGAUCCUACGGUGUUAACCACUGCUGAUCCACUGAGGCUAUGCAUAAUUCGAAUAUGUAUGAUUGUUCUGAUUGGGCGAUUGCUAUCACUCGCCUUGGGCAAGAUCAAACAACCGAAAGUCAUUGCUGAAGUCCUUGGUGGAAUCCUCCUCGGUCCAAGUGCAAUGGGGCGAAUACCUGGUUUCACCGAGCACAUCUUCCCCGCUCAAUCCUUCUCAUAUCUCUCACUCGUUGCCAACAUUGGCAUCUGCCUCUUUCUCUUCAUAGUGGGUCUUGAAGUCGACGCGAGUAUCAUCACGCGUAAUGCUCGCUCGUCUCUGUUCAUUGCACUCUCCACCACGGCCUUGUCCUUUGGUCUCGGCGCUGCAAUCUCUGUGCCACUCUAUCACAACUUCAUUGGUCCCCCCGUCGAGUUUGUUCACUUCAUGCUUUUCACCGGCGUGUCAUUCUCUAUCACCUCUUUCCCCGUUCUUUGUCGCAUCCUCACCGCAUUGAAGCUCCUAGACACAACGGUCGGCGUCGUUGCUCUGACAGCUAGCAUGUGCAACGACGUAUUCUGUUGGAGUCUGUUGGCACUGGCCGUGGCUCUCGUCAAUGGGACCUCCGGGCUUACAGCUUUGUGGAUCUUGCUGGCAUUCGUGGCAUUCACAGUAUUUCUCAUGUGGCCGGUUAGAAUCGCGCUGCUCCAGUUCGCUAGGUUCACAGGAAGUUUGGAGAACGGUCCUACGAUAUUCUUCAUGAUUGUUAUCUUGAUCGUGCUUUGGGCAUGUGCGUUUUUCACGGAUAUCGUGGGGAUCAGUGCAUUUUUCGGUGCGUUCCUGGCGGGUGUCAUUGUCCCCCGCGAAGGAGCCCUUGCUGUCUCGCUGACGAGGAAACUCGAAGAUGUGGUGACGAUCGUGUUUUUACCUCUGUACUUCACGCUCUCUGGGUUGAAUACCGAUCUUGGAUUGCUUAACACUGGUACGACUUGGGGAUUCAUCAUCGCAAUCAUAUGUCUGGACUUUGCUGGAAAAUUCGGUACCUGUACGAUCACCAGUCGGAUUUCCGGAAUGAAUUGGCGAGAGUCUAGCACGGUUGGAUCGUUGAUGUGUUGCAAAGGUCCCGUAGAAUUAAUCAUUCUCAACAUUGGGCUUUCUACUGGCAUUCUCACCAGAAGGAUGUUCUCGAUGUUCGUCCUUGAAGCCCUUGUCCUGACUUUCAUAACCACACCCUUGGUUCUCGUUUUUUAUCGUCCUGAACACCGGGUUCGUGCGCUAGCUGGAGAGGUUCCACGUUGGUCGAUUGGAGAUAGGGAGGAAGAUCUAGAUGACCCCCAGUCUCCCGUGACUGAUGAUCAACCAUGGCGCUCCCGCUUCACUGUUGUCAUCGACAAAUUCGACCACAUGUCGGGAAUGCUGGCGGCCACCCAACUGGCACUUCCAAGUCCUCGAGGAACUGAGACAUGCGUGAACGCUCUCCGUUUGAUUGAGAUGCCAGACUGUAAUCCGGAAAUCAGGAUGUCUUCAGCAGUGCGUGCCUCUAUCCGUGCUGAUCCGGUUAUGGGCGCCUUCCGCACCUUUGGAGAGCUCAAUAACAUACCCGUUGCGCGUUCGCUUUGUUUUGUCCCGCAUGAGGACAUGUCAAAAACAGUCUCCGAUCAUGCGACGCAGCAUGGAUCCGAGCUCAUCCUCUUACAAUGGCUCCCGCCAUCGUCCAUUCACGGAGAGGACCCAUGUAGUCCACACAGCACGAAAAUCGAACCUACAGGUACGGGAAAUACGGCAACCAUGAUCCACUCGCAGUUCGUGCGUAAAAUAUUGGCGGAGAGCAAUACGGAUGUUGCCCUGUUCAUCGAUCCGGGCACCUCUCUCUCUGGUACCGGUCCUGGGAGUGCGCGCCACAUAUUUUUCCCCUUUUUCGGUGGUCCCGAUGAUCGACUGGCGCUUGAGUUUGUGAUGCAGUUAUGUACUAAUCCCGGGAUUAGUGCGACAGUAGUUCGGAUGUUGAACAGUAGUGCUGCGCGUGUUGCGGCCCAAUGGCCAUCGAUCGUACGCCCCAAACUGGAAGACAGCGAUGAAACACGGGACACAGGAUACCAUGGAAUGCCUAUUCAAUCAACUGUCGUUAUGCCAAGCAUAUCGUAUGGACAAACACACUUCGAAUCUGAGACAGCCGAUACCAUCCUCUGGGAGCAAUACGUCAACUCGCAUUCCUCGUUCGACAUACAUCCCUCAAUCUGCGCUGCGCUGUCCUGUAUCACAUUCUCUGAGCAUUCAUCGUCGAUACCGCUACACUCUGCCAUCCAUCAGGCAUCUAUGCGCAAACCUGUAUUGGUUGUUGUUGGGCGCUCACACCGCUUUGGAUCGGACGAUCUCACGCAGGAGCUGGAAAACAUACUGAAGGAGCGGGGUAGUGUGGAGCGGGAUGAUGAUACUAGGAGCACUAUAGGGAAUGCUGCAACUGCCUUUGUUGCUUCUGGUUGUACGACUGCGGUGGUUGUGCUGCAGGCUGCUAAUGCUAGCAGUGCUGACUGA